GACAUCUGCGAAAGUUUCAUGCAAAAGGAAAGAACAGAGAAGAAAUAGAGAGACGGAGCAAGGUACUUAUUGCAGCUGUCAGUUGUCCAGGUGAAAAGGUGCAUUGGCAAAUAUGGUUUUAAACAGCAUUCUUGUUGCCUUUGUUCUUUAUCUGGCUAUUCUAGGGGCAACUUUUUCCACAAGGGCUGAAACGAUAAAUGUUGCUGCUGGCAAGUCUGCCUUCCUUUACUGUAAAACUGACAAAACUCCAUCCAGCAUGAUCUGGAAUCAUAAUGGAAAACUUCUGCUACGGAAAAUGAAAGGCCAAGUAUUUAAAGCUGGAAAGCCUGAAACAUACAUAUUGAGGGAUGAGAAGACUUUUGCUGUAGAACUGACAAAAGCAGAACCAGGACAAUAUACCUGUGAAGUGGAUGGAAAGCGGGUGGCUACUUAUGAUAUUGAAGUGUGGACAGUUACUGGAUCUAAAAGUGGAUACCUCCUGCAAGGUGACACUUUAAAGCUGAGUCUGUCUCCUGUCACAGAUACCAGGAUUGAAUGGUUUGACCCCCACAAGACCAAAGUAACAGCGAACCAGCCACGAUGGAAACUGCAAAAGGAUAGCUUACAGAUAUUAAACCUUACAGUUCAGGAGGAUAAUGGGAUAUGGACAUGUCACAUCUCUCAUUAUAAGCUCAACGUCUCCUACACCGUCAAGGUAUUAGGUUUUUCCAAUCCAUUGGAUGAGUUCCAGUUUGCCACUAUCAACAGCAGCAGCAACCUUUCCUGUCCUUUGAACAUUGACCUGCAAGAAAAAAAAGAUCAGGAGAUUCCAAAAGUCCAGUCUUGGAAAUGGCUUAAGAAUAAUGUUCUCAUGAAGGAGCAUAACAUAAGCAACAUCAAUCGUUCUUUCUCCAUUCAUCAAAUAUCCAAUGUCCGUUCUGAAGAUGCUGGACAGUACCAAUGCCAUCUUGGAUUUAAACAUGGAAUUUUGAGUAAAACCAACAACCUAAUAGUGGUGAAAGUCUCUGCUAUCCCUCCUGUGCUCAGAUCCAAUGAAGACAACGUGACGUUGUGUGGUCAUAUCAGUCCUUCUGCCUCUCCAGUGACUGAAUUGUGCUGGGUUUAUGUAAAUGACUCUAUGAGUGAACCCAAAUGUGGCUCUCCCAUUUCAGAGAAUAAAUUCUGUCACGUAGCUACAACUGAAGGACCCUGGAGGUGUGAUUUCAAAGUGAACAACGAUGUGAAAAUCAGUAUUGACUAUAUUCUGGGUAAGUUCCAAGGAAAAUUCUCAAAUGAGACUACUUUAGACAAUAGUUUCUCACUGAUCAAAACAGCCUCAGGAAUUGGUGCAAUGCUUCUGCUGUUAAUUCUUGUUGGAGUCUGUGUACCUACUUGUAAACGUAUGAAGCAGAAGCAGCAACAAGCCAAGAGAAUGGCACAAAUUAAGCAGCAUUUGCUUGCCAAGAGGACAUGCCAAUGCCAGAGGGACCUACCUAAUGAUUACUACCAUACCUGAAGGAGAUGUUGAAAAAUCACUGGCCUGACCAUUUACAAUCAUUAACAAUGCACAGUAACAUGAAUUCAAAUACUGCUGGGUUGCCUUAACUUUUUCUCUGAUAUUCAUAGUGCUGUAAUCAUUUGGGCAAGUCUGUAUUUUGAAACUGUGGAGCUUGCAGAAAAUAUUGACCAAAAAAGGCUUCACCCUAGUAAUUGCUUCUAAGUUGUCUAAUAGCCGACUGCUCUUUGAACCAAUCUGCAGUUCUACUCACUGCAACUAUAAAUGAACAAAGAUGUGUUGUUUGUUUUUAAAAUUCCUGACCCAGAAAUAAAAUACUUAUAUCUUUCCCCCCAGCUCCACUGGUUAAUUCAUGUAUAUGUCUACAGAUAUUUUUUUGCAUUUAUUGUGUAGUUUGCAAUCUUUUCUGAGAAAAUAUUCUAUCAUUUAAAAAAGCAAUAUUUUAAAAUGUAUAUUAACAGCCAUGAUAUAAUUAUGAUGCUAAUAGCGUAAUGCAUUUCAAAGGACAAAUUCAUUUUUACUGUUUGGAAAAAUGGGUGGGGAGGAAGAGGGGCUUCUGCAUUCUGAAAGUUGCUUCUAAGUAGAGAAUUUCACUGAUGAGAUACAAAAAUUAUUGGAAAACUAUCUCCAAUCUAUCUUGGCUUUCCACUGUUUUGUUUUUUCCCUUUAAGGCAGGGGUCUCCAAACUUGGCAACUUUAAGACUUGUGAAGCUUUAAGACUUAGCAUCGCUGGCUAAGGAAUUCUAGGAGUUGAAGUCCAUAAGUCUUAAAGUUGCCAAGU